UUUACAAAUUGGAGGAUAACAAAUAUUCCAUCAAGGACCUUGAAACAAUGACUCAAGAUGAAGAUGAGAGCGUACGGGCAUUUGGGAUGCGUUUCCAAAAGAUCUCCGACGUGCUGAUGAAGAAGGGGAAGAUCUCAGAGGUCGAGCGCUGUACUGUCUUCAUCGGACACUUGUCCAAAGGUAGGCAAAAGAGUAUACUUAGAGAUCUUCCGCGCGACAGGCUUAAUUUCCCGGAAGUCCUAAAGCUUGCGAUAAAGGCAGAGGCAGACGAUUACAAGGACUUGGUGUGGAGAGGGAUGAGRAGACGUGACUUCUCUCUCUACAAGGAGUAUGCCACUAAUAGAUGUCCGGAUUUCAAGGAUUAUCGCUGGUCGGAGAAGAAUGAGGCCGUGGSUGAGGAAGUGAAGGAGAUACGGGACAUGGUGAAGGGAUUAAUGAGACAGGUUACAGAGAUUGUGACCGCCACAGGGGUCACGGCCUACCGGGACAAACCUGGAGGGUCCUAUUCACUUCGCUGGGACCGUAGGAACAACGAUCCCUGGAGAAGUGUCGAGGAUAGAAAUCCUCGGACGCUGAUUGAUUAUCACGACAGGGCAUCUACUCCGAGGAACUCAUGCGUCUACUGUAGAGGAGAAGAUCAUAUCAAGAGGGAUUGCCCGAACCUUAAACGGGCAAUAGAAGAGGGACUUGUCGUGCUUGACGACCGCAAGUACGUCAAGUGGGCAGAUGAUCUCGGAGAUGUAUCGAUGUUCCCUUCGAUGAAGGAGAAUGUCGAAGCAAGGAGAAUAAAGACGAGUAAAGGAAUGGAGCCGGUCAGGAGCCAGAGCAUCAAGAUAACCUUUGAGUGGGAUAUGGCGACCACACCCAUAAGGGUGGCAGCCACCAAGUCGGCAAGAGGGUCUACAUCGAAGAAGACUGAUACGGAUUACGUGAUGGCGGAGAAGGACGGGCAGCGGGUCGAUGGAGAGGAGGUUAUCCUUUCGCCGCGAAAGCGCGGAGUCAAGAAGUUCUUAAUGAAGAGUUCGCUGGACGAGAUUGACACGGUCGAGCCACUGAGGCGGGCCCUUCGGCAACCCAUGCAGUGCUCUAUUCUGGAGUACCGGGCGGCAUCGAAACCGGCUCGUGAUGAGUUACAGAUGAUCACGCUAAAGACUCGCAUACCUCUAUCGGAGGCGGGUCACGCCCCUAAGGCGGAAGCUUCUACAGUAACAGUAACGGGGGUGACUGCCAGAGCGGAUCGCAUGACGACAGUCCUUCUCGAUGGAAUGGAAGGUGUGCCUCCAGACAAGUUUUAUAUACUUGGUAGCGGGGCCGUGGAGACGAGUAUAAACGAGGAAGCGGUACUCGAUGCUGUGAUUGAUAACGCCAGUGAGGUUGUCAUCAUAGACGAGGACCUGGCGGAGCGAGGGCGUGCGAUAGAAAUUUUGAAGACAUGUGAUAAGGCAAUAGCUUUCAGCGACGCGGAGCGCGGUAGGAUUGACCCACGAUACGCUAAGCCAGCAAGGAUUUACACGAUACCACAUGUUCCCUGGAACGACGCAGGAUGGAAAUACGCCCAGAAGGAGAAGGAAGAAGUUAUCGCCUUCCUGAAAGAAAAGAUGGUUUCCCACGUUGCGGAGCCGUCUGAUAGCGCUUAUGCAAAUCGAUGGUUCUUCCUACGAAAGCCGAAUGGCAAGAUCCGAUGGAUCCAGGACCUUCAGAAGGUCAACGCGGUGAUGAUACGAGACGUGGGCUCCGUGCCACACGCCGAUUUACUGGCAGAAGGCGCAGCAGGGCCAAUAGACAGAGAUGAGACAGAGAUUAUACCUGGAGUUAGGAGAUUCGUCGAGCAGCACCUAACAGACAUUUGCGCGGUACUCGAGCAGCUGGACGAUGCGAAUUUGACAGUCAGCGGAACCAAGAGCCGAUGGGCCGUYUCGACUAUUAAGAUCUUGGGCUUUAUAUGUGACUCGAGAGGACGCCGAGCAGACCCGGCGAAGUUAGACAAACUCAUGAACUGGCCGUCACCGUUACAUAGCCCAACCGAGGUCCGGCAGUUUCUGGGAGUGGUCGGUUACUGGCGUAUAUUCAUACGGAGGUAUGCGGAGAAGGCUGAACCAUUGAGGUUACUCCUUCGAAAGACUGAGAAAUUAUGCUGGGGUUCUUCGCAGGAACUCGCAAUGCAAGAACUUAAAGACGAAUUUAAGGAGGGAGGACGCGUGUUGGGCGUGCCAUUCUUUGACGAUGAGACCGAGAGACCCUUCAUAGUAUCCACGGAUGCUGGACCAUGCUCAGUGGGUGGUUUGCUGUCUCAGAAGGACGCUGGAGGGAAGGAAAGACCGUUAAGAUUUGAGAGUAGGACACUUAAUACGGCUGCGCGUAACUACAGUCAAUUCAAGAAGGAAGUGUUAGCUGUUCUCCGGUGUCUAGACACGUUCAGACACUAUAUCUAUGGACGACGGUUCAUCUUGAGAGUAGACCCCACCGCGGUUGCYUCUGYCCUCCAGAAGGACUUUAGUCUGACGGACCCGACCAUCGCCCGAUGGUUAAUACGAAUUCGGCUAUACGAUUACACGGUCGAGAGAGUAUCUGGCACUAAAAAUGCCGUGGCAGAUGGACUUUCACGCAUCCCUCUCGAGCGUCCGAUUGUAGCUGGGGCUCUGACAAUGGCAGAGCCGAGACGCGCCGAGAGAUUCCUAGUUAAUCUUUACGAGGGCAAGUACCGAAUGAUCGGACUACACCUGACGGGAGAGGAGAGUCAAGAUUCAGAAAUCCGGAGGCAAGCAGCCCAGUACUGCCUUAGAGCGGGCCACCUUUUCCGAAGGCCAGUAGGGUCGGGAAUGCCCUUACGAGUAGUUUGUGAUCCUGAGGAGAGGCAGACGAUAGUUGCGGAACUUUACGACGGGGUAGUCGGAGGACACAGGGGAGUUAAAGGAAUCUACGAAAAGAUACGCCAGCUGUACUGGUGGGAAGGGCAGUAUAAGGACGUCGAGAGGUACUGCAUGACAUGCGAAGAGUGUGAGAAGAGAGCUCUUGUGAAAUACAAAGAGCCACUUCACCCAUCCUACCCGACCAGGCCAGGAGAGAAGGUACACAUUGAUCUAGUGAAAAUGCCAAGAGGGGUAGUCCGUUUUUCUUUGGUACUAGCACUACGGGAAAGGACCAAGGUCCGGUGGCGGGUUCAAUCCAGCCACUGGCUUCGAAUUGCUGAAUCCGUUCGAGAGCCUUUUUGCGUUCAAUCAAGGAAUACCGGUAAGGUUUGCAAUGAAUCGGGGAGUGAUUUCCUGUCUAAAUUUCAUGUUGGAUUACUAACGACAAACCAAUGUCAGUUUCUGUUAUGCUAAUCGCUCCCUGAUAUUCCGUUAAAAUGUUUGCAAUCACCCGGUGGAUUUCAUCCGGUACGUACUGUGGGACGUGUAGCUCGAAACG